UUCAAAUAAAGAAAACAAAAUAUUUUGUUCUUAUACAAAUAUAUUCGAAUCGAACCGUAAGCAUAUUUUUUUAACUAGAGAUUAUCUACUUAUAAAUAUGACUGACGAACAGAUUAUUAAAAGAAAACUUUUGUUUGAUGGAGAAGGCACAGGAGAUGAUAGACGCAUUAAUUUCUUUCAAAAAAUGAUAGCCAAAUGGAUAUUAACCGAUUCUUCAUCCCAAGAAGAAAAUGAAAAUAUGUAUAACAAAAUAUUAUUACAAUUAUGCCUUAUUGAACAUUCAAGACAAAAGUCCGAUCUGGUAAAAUUAAGAAAUGACAGACAACUUCAACAAUAUAAAGGUUAUCAUGUUGAAAUUGAAGAUAAUAUAGUAAAUAUCCGAGAAGCAAUCAAUACAAGUAAAAUUGUUCUUGCUAUGGUAAAAUGUGAGAAACACCAAAAAUUAAAUUAUGAGAUGAUUGUUAAAGAUAUUGUAGAACAGCCCCCAAGAAUUGAGACAGCACUGUCUGUUCAACAGUUACAACUAAAUAUAAACACCAUAAAAGAAUCGCAACAAAAAUUAAAAAAUGAAUUUAUCAUAUGGCGUAAACAUUUUCUUGUUCUUCUGACAAGUGCUAAUCAAAUGUUUCUUAGACUUAAUGAAUUUAAACUCAUUGACGAUAAUUAUACCUUAUAAUAUUGGAAUAUUUGAAUUAUCUUCUGUAUAUUUUUUAGUUAUCCUGAUUUUAACGGAAUGUGUUCAGUUCUUUAAUAGGUAUUGUUACUUUUUUUUAUUUUAAAUGCAUUUAACUUCUUAACUUGUGAGUUAGUUAACUUUAAAAGAAUCAGAUAUUUUUUAUUUCAGCUGUAUUU